GUUUGCGCAGAAACGACAGUGUUGCCAAUUGUUGUAUAGCCAAAACAAUUCAUUAUAAUAUCAGCAAAGGUAAUUUCUUUGUUUUGUUUAUUGUUUAUUUCUAAAAAUUAUUACUAUGGUGACAUAUUAAUAAAAAAAAAGAAGAAUGUUAAAAAAUCAAUUCAAUAUUGUAACAUGAGUUCUGAAUAAUUGAGAAGAUUUGGUUGAAAUUGUGGAAAAUAUCAAAAUAUUAAAGUCACUAACAACUGUGAUCUAAACUCCCAUUGAAAUGCCACGAAAAUAUAUAAGAAAAACCAAUCGGGCCUUUGCUGAUCCAAUGGUUAUGUUAAAAUGUGCCAAAUUAAUUAAAAAUGAUCGUAAAACAGCGAGAAGUGUGGCAAAAGAACAUGGUUUAAAUUAUCGUUCACUUUUAAGAUUUUGUUCAAAACCAAAUAUCAAUGAAUUAAUAAAUGGCGACAAUAAAGACGCCUAUAUUUGUGGAUAUAAAAAGAAAUCACAAAUUUUCACCGAUGCUGAAGAAGAAAUAAUGAUAGAAUCUGUUUUAAAAUCGUACAAUGUUCCUUGUGAUUUGUCUCAGAAAAAAAUUAGGCAGUUCGCCUAUGAAUUUGCUAAAACAAAGUCGAAAAAAAUUCCCCCAAGUUGGGAGAAUAAUAAGCAAGCGGGACCAGAUUGGUUUAUUUAUUUUAUGAAACGACAUAAAGAUUUUGCUUCACAAAGAAAUUUUAUAUUAUGUCGAGACGGUGCGAUAAAAAAUGAUAAUUCAGUGAAAAGUAAUUUCGAAAUUGAGUAUAUGGAUUUGUCGUUCCCUAUGAUCGAUCCACUGCAAGAUGCAUUUGACGAGAGUCAAGAUAUUAAAAGUGAAGGAACUGAUGACAAGGAGAAGGAAUUUUCCAACGAUGAAAAGGCAGAAUUUUCUCCAGAGUCGUUGAUUGUCGUUAAAACGGAAAUGGAUAAUUCGUUUCUAUCCGAUGAAUUAGAUUCAUCGCAAAGUUCAAAUUCAACUGAUUCACCAUUUAAAAUAUCAACAAUUAUUUCCGAAAAUUUAUACGACAAAGAGGAAUCAACAAUGAAUGAUCUACAUUCUAUACAAUUACCAAGUUCCUGGAGCAUUACCGAAUUACCAGGCGGCGAAAUUUAUCGAUUUUGUUUAUCAUCCAUCGUAAUAACUAACAAGGACAAUAACAUUUGUCCUGUGAUAGAAAAAUGCAUUUUUAUUGAUGCAAAAAGACAAUUAACCUUUAAGGCUCGUAAUAUAACAUUAGACAAUGAGAAACUGCAACUUCCAAAAAUGUUGGAUAAUUUAAAACAAUUACCAACAAUUUUAUCAAAUUUCCAAAAUCUUCAUACAUGUGAUGGUUUGAAUAAUAUGGAAUCGUUUCUCCUUCAAGAAUUACCUGUUGUUAAAGAUUGUCUACUAACUUGGCGGCACACACAGUGUUCGUUGUUAUUGUUGAAUAAUGAACGAUGUGAAUUUUGUAGUCAAUUAUUCCAAACGAUACAGGAAAAAUUAGCUAAAGUAAUGGAUCCAAAAUUCUUUAGCUGAAAAAUAAUUUGUAAUGUAAACUAUGUUAAGUAUAGAUAUUAAUUCAUAACAUUUUAAGUAAAUAAUAUAAAGAAAGGGAAAAAAGAUAAAUUAAAAAAACUGUUUAUGCAAAUAAGAAAAAUAUCCUUUUUUUGUAUAUAAAAUAAUUUAGUUAAUUGUGAUAUUAAAUGUUUAACAAAAAAUCAUCUCGA